AUGAUUCUCACAGAGACACUAUCCACCCAAGAGUUCAAUGAGGAUGGCGUGAAUGGUAUUGAUGCAGACAAAAAGACAUCACACAUACCACUCUGGCAAUCGAUCAAGAAAUUCCCCAGAAUCGUGGGCUACUGCCUCGCGCUAAGCUCGGCAAUUCUUCUCUACGGAUAUGACCUUGUCAUUGUGGGGACAGUGGCUGCAAUGCCUCAAUUCCAACUUGUUUUUGGCCAGGAAUUUAAUGGAAAAUACAUCAUCCCCUCGAUGUGGCUUUCCCUUUGGAACGUCUCCAGUUGCAUUGGCGUGAUGUUCGGCUCCAUCGUCGGUGGUUACUAUCAAGAUCGUCGUGGGCGUCGGAUUACGCUCGCUAUAGGCAGUUUCCUAUCUACCAUUGCGGUCGCGAUAUGCUAUAUUUCCGAUCUACCAGACGGAAUGGAAACUCGUCGAGGGGUAUUCUUCGCCGGUAAACUCUUCCAUGGAAUCAGUAUUGGCAUUCUUCUAUGUGUUACACAGACAUAUAUGUCCGAGGUACUCCCUGUUGUUCUACGAGGACCGAUCAUUGCAUUUUAUCCGAUCUUCACGCUUCUCGGACAACUAGUUGGGUCGAUCAUGGUGUAUACCUCGCUUAAACACACUGGCGCACAAUCAUACCGGAUAUGCUUUGCAUCGCAAUGGCCGUUCUCAGCUGUCCCGUUUGUUCUAGCGACAUUUUUGCCGGAGAGUCCAACGUGGCUUUUGCGAAAGGGACGAACGGACAAGGCCCUCGCGGCACAAAAGAAGCUUGAUACAAGUCGUGUCAACUCACAAGCUGUAAUAGACGAGUUGCAGGCGUCAAUUUCAGCCGAGGACGAGGAGGGCGAAACCCACAGAUAUGCCGAUUGCUUUAGAGGAGUCAGCAUGCGCCGAACUUUGGUUGUGGCUUUUGCGAACGUGAUACCUCAGAUGUUCGGACUGCAGCUGCUGGCAAAUGCCUCCUACUUCAUGCAAAUCGUGGGUAUGAGCUCAUCUAAUAGCCUGAUAUUCUUGAUUUUGGGUAUUGGACUGGGCUUGAUUGCGAAUGUUAUCAGUCUAUGGGCGUUGAAUGCAUUUGGGAGAAGAUCCCUCAUUCUACUGACUCUGGGUAUUGUUAUGGUUUUAUGGAUCGCAAUCGGAAUCGCAGGGAUCUUCAAGGGAACUGUGACGGUUUGGUAUACAGCAGUUAGCAUGAUGGUUAUCAUUAUGGUCUCUGGUUUCGGAUCGUGGCCUGCGUCCCAUGUUGUUGCCGCCGAAGCUUCCUCGCUCCAACUUCGAGCGAAGUCCCAAGGUAUUGGGUGGUUUACAAGCGGUGUCGGAACUGCAGUGUUCGCCAUCAUUUUGCCUUAUAUCUACAACGCAGACCAAGGAAAUCUGAGGGCGAAAACAGGGUUCGUGAUGGCAGGAUUCGCCGCAGUUGCAGUCGCCGUAGUGUGGCUGGCUAUCCCAGAGAUGAAAGGUCGGACGCCGAUGGAGAUCGAUCGCAUGUUCUCGUUGAGAUUACGGACCCGGGAUUUCAAAGACGGGACCAAACGCGACUUUCGUUUCCUUUCUCGCCACAUUAUCCCGGUCAUAUCCCCAAAAACGAUGUCAGAUCCCGAUGCUCCACCAGGCAGGAAUAAACCUACUAAGCGUGGAACACGGAAUUCCCUAUCGUGCGCACAAUGUCGCUACAAGCACCUUCGCUGCGAUGGUCGUAAGCCCGUCUGCUCACGCUGCGCCACAAAUACAGUACAAUGUGUUUAUCCUCCAUCACGCCGACGUGGAAAUCCAAAAUCGGGGAAACCCCCGCUGUCGCCUGUUAGAGAUGUCUAUGAGAACUCGAUCGACUCAUCACUGCAAACUUCCACAGUCGGUUCUUCCUCUUCUGCUCCUACCGACGGGCAAAUUGAAUCAUCUUCCAAUUCAGGUUCCUCAUUUCUGAGUUUGUAUUAUGAAUUCUUCCAUGCGGCCCAUCCUUGCGCCUUACCAUUUCAAAAUUUGAAGACUCGUCUUAACGAACCCAAAGUCCAGCCUCUCCUUCAAGUGAUGUGCUAUAUCGGAUCUAUUUUCGAUAUUUCUUGUCCAUCGCAAUUAUUAGAAUCAUGCGCUCAGCGUGCUCAGAACUCAGUGGUCCAAAUUCGGUCAUCAACUCGGCCUCUUACACCCUUUGACAUUCAAGCUAUCCUACUUUACUCCAUCGCCGUCUAUUGGUGCAAUGAAACGGAAAGUGGCGUUGAGCUCCUUGACGAAGCAAUUCGCAUGGCAGUAGCCCUUGGGAUGAGCAAAAAGGAUUUCGCACAAAACUAUGGAGAAGCCGAUUCAGUACUAGAAGAGAGUUGGCGCCGCACUUGGUGGGUGAUCUAUAUCACCGAUGUCCACAUUGCCGGAUCCACCCAUACGUACCCGUUCCGAACAAGUGGCAUUGAAAUCACUACCGACCUUCCUUGUGAAGAAGAGCAGUAUGAAAGAGGGGCUAUCCCAUCCCCACGAUCCCUAGAAGAUUACGAGAACAGGGAGUUCCUUGGUGAAGACGAAACUGAUUUUUCCUCCUAUGCGGAGCUUGUCGGCUUGACCCGCGGGAUUGAUCGGGCCUUGUCUCCGGGAAAUACUGUAGAUGGUAGAAUAUACACUACGAUGGCUGCUAGCGCUGAUACUAGUGUUCGAGCGUGGUGCUCUCUUCUUUCUCCGCAAAAGAGCCAAUUAAUCCGUCCCGAUGGAUCAUUUGAUGAGGUGAUGUUCAAAGCGUUCUUCAUUAUGCACACAUUCACCGUUGAAAUCCAUCGGCCGCUGUCGGCGCUGACUCACAGUGCAAUCGAAUCCGUAUCGCGCUGUGCUCCACUGGCUCCGUCGGAACAAUUAAAAUGCAACAACGCAAAGGAACGUGACCUGCAUACCGUGAAAUGCACCCAGGCUAUCAAUAGCAUUGAUGAACUGUUGACUCUGCCAACUAAUAUGAAGACCCAUUCCCCCUUCAUUAUUUGCAUGAUUGCCAAUGUGACCAUUGCACAUCUAUCGGCUUGCAGGUUUAUCUUUUCUGGGGACCGGCGAGCCAAAAGCCGAGAGAAGAUUCGUUUGACUAUGGGUACUUUGAAGCGUCUAAGUGAGCACUGGACGCUAGGCAAACGAACCUAUCGUGAGAUUGGAAUUAUUGCCCGAGAAUUGUUAUCCAUCGCAAAGGAUCCCCCCGCUGGUUUGGCUGCCAUUGACCUAUCCCUUCCGGAUCCAACUUCGCCUGCAUUUCCGGAAUUGGGCAUGUUGCCCGAUGCCAAUUUCGACUUCUGUGCCUUGUUUGAUGCGGAUGCUCCCAGUCUAACCGAAACGGGAUUUUUUGUUUCACAGUAG